UCCUUCCUUCCAAAUAAAGCCCGUAGAACGUAUGCAGCUACUGCUAACAGAGCUGAGGGUCUUCAAAAACGUCAUGGAGGAGAUCAGACGACACUUGAGAAGAGACGGGAAAGCCGUACCACGGGCUGUCUACCGCAAACUGUACCAACAGGUAGAGGCCAUGGAUACUUACGGAGACAUCGCAAAGAGACUGGUGAACAGUCUACAACGUAAGAAAAAGAAGUUAUCACACUGCAUGGCUUUUGCUGGUGACUUCAUUAGCGUAGACACCUCCAUGAGAGAGCAGUACAACCGUAGGGUAGAGGAGACCAGAAGGAUGAAGUCCGGUUCAGAGGACUGGCGUCGUGCGGUACUGAGGGACGGCAGGGGUGUAAUACGGGACCUCAGGAGCACCACCGAGGUACUGCGGAGCGCCGCUUCAACCUCAACCUGCAAUGGCGGCCGGGAACCCUUCAAGUGCUGACGUACAGCACACUUAUCU